AUGACGUCAUUUCUUUCGUUUAUCAGCGCGAGGUCCGAGGAUCCGUCAUGGAAGUGGUCCUGCGAGGAGGGAGCGUGCAAGAAGAUGAAACACGAACCGGGUAGUUCAGGACAGGCUUUGUCGCUCGAGGCGUGCAAGAUGUUCUGCAAUGAAUACGGUCUCCUGUGGCCAAGACCGACAGGUUACACCGAUUUAGGUCGAUUCCUGUCCAAGAUAAAUAUAAAUAAUAUAGAAUUACAAAUCGAGAAACGUGGAAGAUCUGAUAAUCUGAUGAACGCUGCUGGUCAGCGUUUCAAGAAGUUAGUGUCACUCGCGGUACCAUCGGGAAUAACACCUAAAGCGACAGGGAAAUCCGUGUAUGUGUAUCUAGUUAACGAAAACCCUGAUAUUACAGAUUUCUCGAUAGAUUUCGACGAGAGCUAUACUUUGAGAGUUUCGCCGGAGUCAAAUGAUCGUAUUAACGCAACUAUCGUUGGUAAUAACUUCUUCGGCAUCAGACACGGUCUAGAGACACUGUCGCAGCUCAUCGUCCACGAUGAGAUCAAAAAUCAUUUGUUGAUGGUUCGUGACGUCACUAUCGAUGAUAAACCAGUGUACCCUUACAGAGGAGUGUUAUUGGACACCGCGAGGAACUAUUUCUCUAUCGAUUCCAUCAAAGAGACUAUCGAGGCCAUGUCCAGUGUGAAACUGAACACUUUCCACUGGCACAUCACAGACAGCCAGAGUUUCCCCUUCGUAUCCAAGAGACGACCUGAACUCACUAAAUAUGGCGCGUACAGUCCCAGUAAAAUCUACACUGAGGAGAUGAUCCGUGACGUGGUUGAGUUCGCUCGUGUCCGCGGAGUUCGUGUGUUACCUGAGUUUGAUGCUCCAGCACACGUCGGUGAAGGCUGGCAGGAAACAGACCUUACUGUCUGCUUCAAGGCUGAACCUUGGUCGUCUUACUGUGUGGAGCCUCCUUGCGGUCAGUUAAACCCUACCAAGGAAGAGUUGUACGAUGUGUUACAAGACAUUUACACUGAUAUGGCCGAGGUAUUUCCAUCGGACUUAUUCCACAUGGGUGGAGACGAAGUAUCUGAGCGUUGUUGGAACUCAUCGCGCCAGGUUCAAGAGUUCAUGGAAGAAAACCGCUGGGGACUGGAGAAAGCCAGCUACUUACAGCUGUGGAACUAUUUCCAGAAUAAAGCCCAAGACAGGGUCUAUAAGGCAUUUGGUAAAAGGAUUCCAUUGAUUCUGUGGACCAGUACACUCACUGAUUACAGGCACGUCGACAAGUUCUUAAACAAAGACGAUUAUAUUAUUCAAGUAUGGACUACUGGGGAAGAUCCUCAAAUAUCUGGUCUCCUGCAGAAGGGCUAUCGUCUGAUCAUGUCCAACUACGACGCUCUCUAUUUCGACUGCGGGUUCGGUGCUUGGGUUGGAACUGGCAACAACUGGUGCUCUCCGUACAUCGGAUGGCAGAAAGUAUAUGAAAAUAGUCCGAAGCUGAUGGCGCAAAACCACCAAGAUCAAAUACUAGGUGGUGAAGCAGCUUUAUGGUCGGAACAGUCUGACUCAGCGACCUUAGACAGUCGUUUAUGGCCGCGAGCAGCUGCCCUCGCUGAGAGACUGUGGGCAGAGCCUGCCACAACCUGGAGGGAGGCAGAAAGACGGAUGUUGAACGUACGUGAACGUCUCGUCCGUAAAGGUAUCAAGGCAGAGUCUCUGGAGCCGGAGUGGUGUUACCAGAACGACGGCUACUGCUACGCCUGA